CGGAAUAAGUAUUGAUGUCAAUUUUUCAAAUCAUGUGGGCAUCGGACCUAGUUGGCCCCCAAAGUAUUAUAAAAGGGUUGGAAAAUGCGCAUUUAGAUUUGGAGGGAGUGGGAGUUCAUCAAAUAUGGCUCUCGCUCUGGAUUCCCUCAACCUCAAUGGCUCCUCUCAGAAAACUCUCAUAAACCCUAAAUUCAAGCAAGGAGCUUUCGAAAACCUACCGCCGGAAAUCGCCAUAGAUAUCCUGUCAAGGCUCCCAAUCCGAACCAUCGCGAACUGCAAGUGCGUUUCCAAGCCAUGGCGGGAUCUGAUCGAGUCUCGCGACUUCACCAGCUUCCAUCUCUCCAAUUCAGCCCCCGGACUGGUAUUGUUUGGAAACUCAAAUUUAACUCAGUGCAAAUUAUUUGAGACUUGUAUCGAUCGGUUGGAUGGAUCCAGUUACAAUCCAGUUACUGAGUUGAAUUUACCAUUCUAUGGAUUGUUUUGUCACUUGUAUGGUUCGGCUAACGGUUUGAUUUUUAUGUGUGAUCCAAGCGGACUCACCCCUGAUAUUUACAUUUGUAACCCAGUCACUCGCGAAUAUGUCACACUUGUUUGUCCUCAGGAAGAUCAUUCCUGCUAUGGGUAUCUUUCCAAGGCCGCUUAUGGAUUUGGCGUGACCGGAACUGGUGAGCAUAAAUUGGUUAGGGUUACCCGUGGUCGAUUGCAUGAAAGGAUGCCCGAGGUUGAAAGAUGUGUGUGUCAGGUAUACACGCUUGGAACGGGAUCGUGGAGGAGGACUGAAGGUGAAGGUGAUCGACUUUACUCAAAUGGGGGAAAGCCUGGGGUGUUUGUGAGUGGGAAUCUGCACUGGUUAGCACGCAGUUCAAUAGGCUCACCAAUGGUUUCAUGCUUUGAUCUUGAAACAGAAAUAUUUAGCACUUUCUCUUUGCCUGCUAUCCCUCUUGAUCAUGAUGGAAGUUAUACGCAUCUGUUUGCUUUGGGUGAUUGCUUGGGUUUAUGGGAUAGUAAUGAUGGGAUCGUGAUAUGGCUGAUGAAGCAAUAUGGAGACGAAAGAUCUUGGGCAAAGGAAUUUGCCAUAAACAUAAAACCCGAUUCGUUUCUUUAUUACAUUGGUCUCCCUAUUGAACUUUGUGGUGAUGAAGUUUAUGCUGAUGAAUUCUAUGUUGUCGAACCUGAUGCUGAUGAACAUUAUGCACCGGAACCUUAUGCUAGUGAACCUAAUAGUGACGCUCUUCUCAUUUGGAAUGAAUUUUUUGGUCAUGAUAUUUUUCCUAGAAAGAAACAUCUUGCAGUUUACCCCAUCAAAAUUUUUGAAGAUGGUGACAUCUUGAUGUCAUGGUGUGAAACCUUUGUCUUGCGCUAUUCGAGUAAGACCAAAGCUAUAAAAAGAAUGCCUAUGUUUAAAUACGACAUCUGUUCUGAUUACAUCCCAAUCCUUCACACCCCUAGCUUGGUCUCACUCAAAAGUUUAUGUUUUGAGGGGUGUGAUGUUGGCUCGUUCUAAUUAUAUCGGCAAGAUUGAAGCACAAAUCAUUGUUCAAACUCUACCAAGGCUUUGAAGAUGAAAUGUGUGGGCGAUCAAGAAACGGUUGCGGCAGACAAUGAUGGAUGAAUAUUUAUUUUGUCAACCAUCAAAAUGAGGAGUUAUAAUAUUUGUAUACAUAGUUGUUGUUUUGGGUGUCGCUUUAGGUAAAAAGAAAUUUUGUAGCCCUAA